AUCAGUGAGGCUUGACUGAGAAAGAAGCCUUGGAUUGCAUCACAGAAACAAGGAGGUAGAACCAAAAUUAGACAGUUUUAAAGACCAGCCCAAGAAAGAACAGCUGAGGAUUUUCUGAGGAUUUUGCAAGGAUCAUGGAGGGACGCUUCACGGAGAAAGACUUUUAUGCUGAGCAUUUUGCUCCAAAAGAUUAUUUGGAGACAUACUACUCUUUUCAUCCUGAGAAAAAGGAGGAGAGUGCCCUGUUAACUUUUUGUCUGAAAAAUCUCCACAAGGCAUUCACCUUAGAUGGCAUCGGAGGAGACACCCUGAUUGAUAUUGGGAGUGGGCCCACCAUCUAUCAAUUCCUCUCUGCCUGUGAGUCCUUCCGAGAGAUCGUUGCCACAGAUUAUACCGAUCAGAACCGAGAAGAGAUGCAACGCUGGCUAAGGAAGGACCCGGAAGCUUUCGACUGGAGCCCAGUGGUGAAAUAUGUGUGUGAGCUGGAGGGAGACAGGGAAAAGUGGGUGGACAAGGAAGAGAAGGUCCGAAGAGCCAUCAGGCAGGUACUGAAAUGUGAUGUGACCCAUCCCAGUCCCCUGGGCCUGCUGGCUCUUCCUCCAGCAGACUGCUUGCUCUCCUCUUUGUGUCUGGAAGGGGCUUGCAAAGACCUGCCGACCUAUCGCUCUGCCCUGAAGAAUAUCAGCUCCCUUGUUAAACCAAAGGGCCACCUUGUCUUAUAUGCCAUCCUUGAAGAUACCUACUACAUUGUUGGCCAGCAGCGGUUUUCUUCCCUGUAUUUGGAGAGGGCAUCUGUAGAGGUAGCCGUGAAAGAGGCUGGCUUUGCUAUUGAAUGGAUCCAGGAGAGCAGGUUCACCGUCCCUUCAUGUGAUGCUAAGGGGGCAUGCACAGUGGUGGCCCAGAAGCUCUGAGCUAAAGGGGAAGUGGUUGGGGAAAUACUGGGGAGAUGCAACAGAAUUGUUUUCAAGUUUUAUUAUGAUGAAUUGAUAUUGGGAAAACAUGGCCAGAAACUUUGAUAUACGUGCUCUAUAUGUAGGCCUCUGUACGUAGUUUGGUUCUUGCAAGUGAACUGAAUGAUGGGAUUGGAAUAAUGUAUGCGCCUGAAUGUGCUGUAAUGCUAAAACUGUUAUAUCAGCAAGGAAAUGCUUUGUUGGAAUUUCUAACUGUCAAGACCUCUUUAUAGAUUAGAAGACAAAUAAAGCCAGCUUGAUUAUGAGAACUGACCAUCCAGGUCAAUCCAACAUUGCCAGAAGAGUUCUGGGCCAUCUGUUGAUAAGGUAUAAUGAAGAAGUUUUCUUUGAUGUGUCUUUGUUUUGCUUUAGAA